AUGGAUUAUUUAUAUAAAAAAAUAUUUAAUUUUGAUAUAUUAAAUAGAUUGGAUAUUGAUUUAAAUCUGUAUACCAAAGACAAAGACAAUAAUAAUAAUAAUAAUAAUAAUAAUAAUAAUAAUAAUAAUAAUAAUAAUAAUAAUAAUAAUAAUAAUAAUAAUAAUAAUUAUAAUGAUAAUUAUAAUGAUAAUGAUAAUGACAAUGAUAAUAACAAUAAUAAAAAUAAUAAUGGUAACAAUAUUACAAUUCAACUUGCUGGAGAUUCAGUAAAAGUAUUUAAAGCAUUUAUAGCAUAUUUAGAGAAACAAUACCCAAUUAAAGAGAUAUAUGAUGUACCAAAGACUAUAUUGUUUCCAGAGAUGUCAAAACUUGGUGUCUUUACAUCAACGAUGAGACCAAUUAGUUCAGGUAAGUGGAUGUAUGAUUUAAUACCGAGUAGAACUAAUGGACUUAAUUUUGGUUGGGCAAUAUGUAAAACCAAAGAGAAACCAUUUCCAAAGUUAUUACCCAAAUCCUAUACAGUCGUUAAAUUAUGUGUUAAAAAAUUAUCAAUACCAAGACCCGAUGGUAUCAUUUUCACAUGCACUAUAGAUGCUACCAAUAAAUAUAAACCAAAAAUAUCAUUCUUUUCAAAUGGUAAAGAAAUCUCAAGAGAAGAAAUUACAAUUAAUAUUAAAGAUAUAGAUAAUGAUGAUGAUGAUAAUAAUAAUAAUAGUAGUAGUAACAAUGAAACUAUAACUAAUGGUGAAGAAACUAAAAAUGAUGAGCCAACAAUAUUUUACAUACCUUAUAUUGUAUUGGAAUCAUCAGUUGCACAACCAAAUUUUGGUGGUAGACCAUUAGCAUUUAAAAUCAAAGGAUUUAAACCAAUAGUUGAAGAGAAUUUAGAAAAUUCAAAUAGAGUUCAAUAUUUAGUAUCUGUAUUUUUAAGAGUAAUAAGUUCAAAAGAGAUUUUAUCAAUUUAUGGAUCAGGAUAUAGAGAUAUAUUAUCUUGGUUAACACCAAUUUUAGUUUCAAAUUUAACUUUAUAUACAGUCGAAUCAAUUUUAGUUUCUUCAUUUUAUCAACAUUUUAAUUUAGUAGAUGAUAUAAUCGAAGCUUUGAAUUUAAAUUUAACAGAAUCUCUUUUUAUAUCAUUAAUGAAGCAAAUAUUCUCAACUAUUACAAUACAUUGUAGACCAACACCAAAUUCUUCAACUAAACCAUUAAAAUUAUUCUUUAGAUUCUUACAAAAUAAUGUUACUUUACAAUACUUUUUAUUAGAUCAUAAUAAUAUUUUAAUUUUAGAUUAUAUAUUUUCAAGAGAAUCAGUUUUAGUAAGCGAAGAUAAUUUUUCAAGAGAAGUUAGAACUACAUCAGAUUUUGAUAACAAUAUAGAAAGAAUAUCAAUUCAAAAAGAAAUUCUUAAAUUUUGUUUAACAAGUAAAGGGCAUCCAUUAUUUGAUAAUGAUUUAUAUGAUCUAUUAAAGAGUUGGUUAGUUAGAAUUGUAAAUUUAGAAUUGAAUCAUGAAAAAUCCAAAGCAAGUGGUAAACCAAAUGAAGAAUAUCCAUUCACAUUUUUAUUUGGUCUUUUCAAUAUGUUGGCAGAAUAUUUAGAACCAUUCCUUUUAGAUGAAAAACAAGUCGAUCGAAUACCAAUGAGUUAUUUAGUUGCAAAAGAAUUUGAUUCACCAAAUAGACAAAGAUUAGGUGGUGUACUCUCUCAUCUUUUAAAAACUUCAAAUUUUAAAUCAUCAUCGUCAUUAAUUGAUUCCUCAACAGCAGCAGCAGCAGCAACAGAUCAAACAAUUGAUAAUAAAACUUUAUCAUUAUUGGAAAUUCUAAUCAAUUUAUUCGAUAUUAGUAUAUGCAAACAAUUUGAAAAAAUUGAUUCUCAUGCUACAACUUUAUUACAUUAUUUCUUUAUGGGUUUAACUCAUGAACGAUUAAUGAAAGCAUUAAGCUUUGAAGGAUUAAGAUUUAGAUCACUUAAAAAAGAGAUUAGUGAAGAGAUGAUUUCAACAGAUAAUAUUUGGUUAAUGUUUAGAUUUUUAGUUAGAUUUUUAAAUAGAGUGUAUUUACAUCCAAAUAAGGAUUAUUUCAAUUAUAUUUAUGAUCACUUUUUUUCAACUACAAUUUCAGUGUUUUCAUACUUUUCAGUGUCUGAUUUAUCGUUACUUACAAAUCCAAGCAAUUUAAGAACUACUAUUACUUUUAUCUCUUUAUUGUUUCGUGCAAAUAAUCAUAUAGUAGAUAGAACUGUCUCACAAAAGGUUUUAUUAGCAAUUGCAGAACUUUUAAAGAAAAAGAAUUUUUUGGCUUUAGUUCAUAAUUUACCAUCAUUUCAACCAAUGGUUAAAGAUUUAUUCAUCAAUCUUGGUACUUGGGAUUUAACAAUUUUCACAAUAUUAUUCGAUGCUUCUUUACCACCAUUUUUAAAUUAUAUUGAAGAUUUAUUUCAAGAUCAUGGAAUUUACUUAUUAAAAUUAUUAAAAAGUUUAUUUGCACAAAUACCACAAAAUAAAAAAUUAAUUCAUUUAUUGACAUAUUUAAGUAAAAAAAUGGCACAUUCAAUUUUAGAGGAUGAAACAUUUUUAAUGAUAACUGGUCAAUUUUAUUUGUAUAUAUUCGAAAAGAUUAGUUUAGUUUCAGAUGGUGGAAAAAUGAAAUUUGUUAAAUUGUUUUAUAAGUUAUUACCAUCUAUUUAUUAUUUCAGUCAAUAUAAACCAAAAUCCAAACUUUCGUUCGCAAAAUCAAUUAAAAAGAUUGAACUUGAUGAAAUUUUAAAAGUUUUGGAUGAACUACCACUUAAUGGUAGUAACUACCAACUUCCAAAAGAAAAGAAAAAAUCACAACAACAACAACGAAUUCAUCAACAAAGACAAAGACAUCAACAACAGCAGCUUCAACAACAGCAACAACAACAGCAACAACUUUUAGAAAGAAAUGAACAUGUAGAUGAACAUGUAGAUGAAAAUGAAAACGAAAUUUUAAAUCUAUUAAAUGAAGACGAUGACGAUAAUAAUGAUGAUAUUAGUGAUAGUUUCCGAGAGUUAAUGAUAACCUUACUUGAAAAUUUAGACAACGAUGAUCCAUCGUCAUCGUCAUUACGAUUGCCUUCAUCUUCUUCAUCUUCUUCAUCUUCUUCAUCAUCUUCAUCCUCAUCUUCUUCAUCAUCUUCAUUAAGCAAUAAUAAAAAUAUAGUUGAAAGUGACAAAGUUUUGAAUCCAAUUGUAAGGGAAAGAUUAAUAGAAUUCUUUAAAUCAAUCAAUCGUUUAAAUGAUGAAGAAGAGAAAGAGAAUAAAAAUAAAAUCAUAACCACUGAUGAAGAGGAACAAAUGUGUACUAUUUGCUAUUCAUCGACAGAAGAUACUGAAUUCUUACCAUGUAACCAUAGAUCUUGUCAUCAUUGUAUUAUCCUUCAUUUAUUAACAAAGAAUACUUGCUUCUUUUGCAGAGAAAAGAUUAAUAAAUUCUAUUAUAUAGAUGGAAGCAAUGAUGAAAAUAAUAAUAAUAAUAAUAAUAAUAAUAAUAAUAAUGAAGAAUUAGACCAAAUUAAUCCAAAUUUAACUAUAGAACAACAAGAAAUUGAACAACAAAAAUCAAUUGAUUUACAACUUUCACAACAACUCAAACUUCAUAGAAAUAGAUUACAAAAUUCUUAA